GUGGCGGGAAACAUCUCAGACCAGUGGACAGCUCUGCCUCUUUGACAGAGUCCUUCAAGGCGGAGACGGACGAAGAUUCGCAAACCGCGACCCCACUGCCCACUGAUGCCGCGUCUGACAGUGAAGACGCGCCACCUUCCUUUAUCGCUGGUGGUGGUGGUGCCCACGUAGACGACAAGGAAGACACCGUACCACAACGUGCAGUCGUUCCUUCGGAAGCCUACAACGCGGCAGGUGAACCUGAAGACGCUCCGUCCACCUCUCCGCUGGUUCUCUGCCGAAACUCCUCCACAGACACCUGGUCUAUCGGCAAGGGCAAGGAACGCGCCGAGCAAUCUUCUUCUGACAAUCUGAACCUCACCAACAAGUCUCCGGACGUUCCUGCUGCUGCUGUUGCC